ACCACAGCCCUGAGAAGAGGAGCUCUUGGGCCAACCACCUAGUUUCUGCCUGUGUUACAGUGAAGAGGAGUUGCUUAAGAGAAGAUGAAGCCCUUGUCUCUGUUAAUAGAGAUAUUGAUAAUUCUUGGGGUCACAAUUAAAACUAUCAGAGCAGAAAAACAUAAUAAAAGACAAAAGGAAAGAAAUGUCACCACACAGGUAUCAGCGAAUGAAAUCAAACAAUAUUUACCACACACAUUGGAACAAAGAACAUCAAGUAAUGUAAUCAAUAAAAGAGAAAAUCUCUUAGAAAAAAAGAAGAAUCAACGUAAAAUAAGAAUAAAAGGAAUUCAAAAUAAAGAUAUCUUGAGAAAUAAGAAUCAUUUACAAAAGCAAGCAGAGAAAAAUUUUACAGAUGAAGGAGACCAGCUCUUUAAGAUGGGCAUCAAGGUUCUCCAGCAGUCUAAAAGCCAAAAACAAAAAGAAGAGACUCUAAUGCCUACCUGGAUGUUUCUCUGUCUGAGGUCCUUCUUGCCUGGACUACUCUGCUCCAGCUUCUGCCCAAGAGCAGCUUAUUUUAGCCUCAGCAUGGAUAGGCUGUACAGAAAGAGCCUACCUACUUUUUGCCAAAGCAGCUGACAUGGGAAACUAGAAAGCUAUGGAGAAAAUGGCUGACGCUUUGCUAUUUGGAAAUUUUGGCAUGCAAAAUAUAGCAGCAGCUAUCCAAUUAUAUGAGUCCUUGGCUAAAGAAGGAUCAUGUAAAGCCCAAAACGCAUUAGGAUUUUUGUCUUCUUAUGGAAUAGGAAUGGAAUAUGAUCAAGCUAAGGCACUGAUAUAUUACACCUUUGGAAGUGCUGGAGGAAGCAUCAUGUCCCAGAUGAUUUUGGGGUACAGAUAUUUGUCAGGAAUCAAUGUUCUACAGAAUUGUGAAGUUGCCCUAAGUUAUUACAAGAAAGUGGCAGAUCAUAUUGCUGACACAUUUGAAAAAAGUGAAGGUGUUCCAGUGGAAAAAGUGAGACUAACAGAAAGACCUGAAAAUCUGAGUUCUAACAGUGAGAUUUUGGAUUGGGACAUAUACCAAUACUAUAAAUUUUUGGCAGAAAGAGGAGAUGUUCAGAUACAAGUCUCUCUUGGACAAUUACAUCUAAUUGGGAGGAAAGGUCUGGAUCAGGAUUACCACAAAGCAUUACACUACUUCUUAAAGGCAGCAAAGGCCGGGAGUGCAAAUGCCAUGGCAUUUAUAGGAAAGAUGUAUUUAGAGGGGAAUGCUGCCACACCGCAAAAUAAUGCUACUGCCUUCAAGUACUUUUCCAUGGCAGCCAGUAAGGGCAAUGCAAUUGGCCUUCAUGGGCUUGGUCUUCUUUACUUUUAUGGAAAAGGAGUUCCCGUGAAUUACGCCGAAGCACUUAAAUACUUUCAGAAAGCUGCGGAGAAAGGGUGGCCCGAUGCACAGUUCCAGUUAGGCUUCAUGUACUACUCUGGCUCUGGAAUAUGGAAGGAUUAUAAACUUGCCUUUAAAUAUUUUUACUUGGCAUCUCAGAGUGGGCAGCCCCUCGCCAUUUAUUAUCUGGCCAAGAUGUAUGCAACAGGAACAGGAGUAGUAAGAUCAUGCAGAACUGCUGUGGAGCUUUAUAAAGGUGUCUGUGAACUAGGCCACUGGGCUGAGAAAUUCCUGACAGCUUACUUUGCCUAUAAGGAUGGUGAUAUAGAUUCUUCUCUUGUUCAGUAUGCACUGCUUGCAGAAAUGGGAUAUGAAGUGGCUCAAAGCAAUUCAGCAUUCAUUUUGGAAUCUAAAAAGGCUAACAUUCUUGAAAAAGAGAAGAUGUAUCCAAUGGCGCUUCUGCUAUGGAAUCGAGCUGCCAUUCAAGGCAAUGCAUUUGCUAGAGUAAAAAUUGGAGAUUACCAUUACUAUGGCUAUGGGACUAAGAAAGACUAUCAAACAGCAGCCACACACUACAGCAUUGCAGCCGACAAAUACCACAAUGCGCAAGCCAUGUUCAAUCUGGCUUAUAUGUAUGAACAUGGCUUAGGCAUCGCAAAGGACAUUCACUUGGCCAGAAGAUUGUAUGACAUGGCUGCUCAAACGAGUCCAGAUGCCUACAUACCUGUGUUCUUUGCCCUCAUGAAACUGGAAACUAUGCAUUUGCUCCGGGAUAUUCUGUUUUUUAAUUUCACAAUGAGAUGGAACUGGCUGAAACCAGACAACACCGUUGGACCAUACUGGGACUUAUUUGUGAUUGGCCUCAUUGUUGCUGGGCUGAUUUUGUUGCUUAGAAAUCACCGUGGGUAGGAUGAGGAUCAUGGGAAAACCUGCUAACGGUAACCAGUUCACUCCAAGGUAUUCCCGCUAAAUAAACAGUUUCCCAUCCAAA